AUGUGGGCCUCCAGGGGCCUGCCCACCUGUGUCGCCACUCUGGACACGGACCCCGAGGAGGUGCUGGACCUGAACCGACUGCCAAACGAGCUGCUCCAGGAGGUGCUGAGCUACCUGCCCCCAAGCACGCUGCUCCGGAACUGCCGCCCGGUGUGCCGGCGCUGGCGAGACCUGGUGGACGCCUGGUACCUGUGGCGGAGCAUCCUGCCCUGGCAACACCCCCACCUGUGGCCCGUCAUCCGCACCUGCCUGCCCCCUGUUGGCGACCGCGGGCCCUGCAUCCUGGGCCGCUUCUGCGAGCGCAGACCCAUAGGACGCAACCUCCUUCGGAACCCUCGGAACUCUCGUGGCCUAGGUGGGGAGCCCAGGAAAGGGUCCUUGUGCCAGCAUGUGGGAGGACGCGAAAGGGGCAGAUACAGGAAAGACGAGAGGCCUGUACCUGGGUGGUGUCAACAGAAGCAGGUGUUGGACCUGGAGAAGGAGGGUCUGUGGCGGGAACUCCUAGAUAGUGGAAACAUUGAGAUCUGUGUCUCCGACUGGUGGUUCGAUGACCGAGACGCUGACUGUUUAUAUCGGCUAAUUGUCCAACUUUUAGAUGCCAACCAGGUCGUCCUGCAUCACUUCUCUCCUUUGCCUUUUCCCAGCGAUCGGUUGCGCAACGGUUUCUUCUUUGAGGUCAGCCAUGUGUUCUCCAACCUCAAGAAAGGUGUUCGCUUUGUGUCUUUUGAACACUGGGUCCGCGACUUUGAGUUCUCACGUGAGCAGCACGGAGACUAUCCAUUACACCCCAGCGUGACCGUGCGGGUCCGUCAGGCACUACCCGACCAUGCCUUUCAUUCAGGCUCUGGGACCAUUGACUGA